AUGCCGGUGAACACGACAACAAGACCGGGACACUGUACCGAGCAGGGGCACCAUGAAGUGGCCGAACUACUACUGAGGAAUGGCGCCAAUCCCAAUCUGGCCGACGGGCACGGAGAGACAGCUCUGCACUUUAUUUGCCAGCACGACGUCGAUUUUGCGGAAGAAUUUUUCAAAAUCACCGACGAAAUUAAUCGACCGGUAGAGAUCAACGCCAUGGACAAAGCCGGUGUGACACCAUUACACUGGGCUGUGUAUCACAAGCACAAAAAGUUGGCCAAUUUACUAUUGAGAAGAGGCGCCAAUCCUGAUCUAGCCCACAUGGACGGACAAACGGCUCUGCAACAGGUGGCGAAUCUGGCUGACAAAAUCAUAGCAUAUUUGAAGUCAGUAGGCUUCGCGACGCCGAAGUGUAAGCAGCUCGAAGUCAUCGCAUCGACCUUAGCAAGUGAAAAAGAACACUUCUGCGAUUUUGUGCUGCUGACGAUCAUCGAGUGGGAGGACUGGUGCUGUUGGGAUCAGUUUUUAAUCCGACGAUUUCUUUUCCGUUCGUUGCUGAGGAAAGGCGCCAAACUGAAUUGGACCGACGUGGACGGAUGGACUCACAUGCACUUCCUGUGCAAGCUUUUAAAGGACGACGACAAGGUGGACGAGUUUUUCGAAAAAACGUACGGAAAUAAUCAACUGGCAAAGAUCAACGCCGUGGACAGGUCCGGUUGGACGCCGCUGCACUGGGCCGUGUUUCUCAACGACAAGAUCUUUGCCAAAUUACUGCUGCGAAAGGGGGCGAAUCCGAACGUGGCCGAUAAGAACGGACGGACGCCCCUGCACUUGAUUUGCAUGCGUCUGGACGACGACGACGAUUUCGUGAGAAAAUUUAUCGACAUCCCGGCGCGAACGGAUCAGUGGGUGCGGAUCGACGCCCCGGACGGCAAAGGCUGGACGCCGAUGCGCUGGGCUAUGAGUCGCAAACACUUGAGAGUGGCAACUGUACUGUGGAGGAGAGGGGAGAGGAGACGCCGUCCGAAACAUCUUAGGAAAAAUUACGAAAAAAAGUGGUGGCACUUGGAAAGGUAUUUUGAUGAUGAUUCGAUGCUCAGGAUUAUUACAUCGUCAAGAUGCGAUCAGUAUAAAUGUACGACUGACUUCCUAAGGGGCGACCGGUACGGUAAUGUACAAGCGCUCAGAUAUGUGGUGUUUGCUGAUCGAGCCUGA